GUAAUCCUUCAUAAAGAGGAAGUAGUCAGAAGUUCACUAACUCGCAGCCAAUCCCAUCAUGUGCUCAAAAUUUAUAAGAAAGGACUCCAACAUUUUCUUCAGCUUUGUGAUAAAUCCUUGCCUGCUUCUGACUAACCUUCUUCCCGUACUCCGCUUCCAUCGCCAACAGAAUGAGUGACAAACAGUCGUUACUCGACUUGGAAAGAGAGGCGAACGGAUUACGACGGGUAGCGUUCUUCGGUGUUGCCAUCUCGACAACGGCCACGUUGAUAUGUAUCAUCUCAGUACCAAUGUUAUACAACUACAUGCAACAUAUGCACACUAUCAUGCAAAGCGAGGUCAAUUUCUGUAAAUUACGUACCGGAAACAUUUGGAAAGAAGUCACUCGAACGCAGGUGCUUGCUCAAUUUCACCCUUCGUCUCGAGGAACUCGACAAUCUGGCUAUGGCCCUCCAUCCCUUGCUGUGGAGUCAACCCCAAUGGGAGUGUGUUGUGGAUGCGGUGUCAGUCCUCAAGGACCGCCUGGACUUCCUGGACCGAAUGGAAUGGAUGGUGAAGAUGGACCACCAGGACCACCUGGAAAAGAUGGUCCAGAUGCCCCUCCUCCACUACCGCAAAAGGAACCAGAAUGGUGCUUCGACUGCCCCGAUGCACCUGCUGGUCCCGCAGGUAAGCCCGGUCCAAAGGGCCCGCGCGGUGAACCAGGCGCGCCGGGAGCCAAAGGAGAAGAUGGGAAGCGCGGACCACCUGGACCAGCAGGACCUAUUGGACCGGCUGGAGAACCAGGCCAGCCAGGAAAACCUGGUCCUAAAGGACCACCCGGGAAGCUUAACGAAGUUGCAGGACCCGAUGGUCCACCUGGACCACCCGGACCUCCAGGGCCUCCUGGAGCGGAUGGUGCCCCUGGAAGAAAUGGAGAACCUGGCCCAGACGGCUCUCCAGGAGAUGCUGGCGAUCCUGGAGCACCGGGUCCAGCAGGAGCACCUGGAAAAGAUGGUCCACCAGGACCUGAUGGGCCCGCUGGACCAGCUGGUGGAUGUGAUCAUUGUCCACCACCAAGAACUGCUCCUGGUUAUUAAUACUCUCGAUUUUCGUAGUGUUUUCGAGUAUUUUCAUGUGUUAAUGCAACGUUUAUUAUUCAUUUCGUUGUCUGUACAAAUUGUGCCCAAUAUGCUUUGUACCCAGCCGUGACAUCAUCAUUGUUAUGUGGAAAAUUGCGAAAAUCUCAUCUUGAAUUCACAGUUUUAUUGUAAAUCGUCAAUUUGAUCGUGAC